UUGCUCGUAAGCGGUGCCCGUAUCUUGUUGAAGUGGGACGUCGAUUUUUAGCUCGCGUUUUAAUCGCGGCGUGUAGCCGUUGCGUACGACUGUAACGACUGAUAAACGGUUUCUAAUAUUCUGUUGUACAGUUAGUGUUGAUUUGAUUCGUGCACGUUUCUCGCAUCGGAAAGCUAAAGCGAAUACGUGUAAUACAGAUACACGGCAAGAAAAGCAAAAUGGUGUUAGCGGAUGAGUUUGCUGGUGAUGGAGUUGAUCUGUAUGAUGAUGUGAUAGCAGCUCCCGCUGGUGGUAACGGUGGUGUUUCUACAGGAAACAGUGGAGAUGGUGGAGGUGAUACAACUUCACCAAAUGAAGAAACAAAUGGUAGUGCACCUUAUCAUCAGCUUGGAAAUAAUAUUCAACCAAACCAAAUUGGAAGACGCCAUCAAUUAUAUGUUGGCAAUUUAACUUGGUGGACAAGCGAUCAAGAUAUAACCGAUGUGGUGCAAAGUAUUGGUGUAUCUGAUUUUGUUGAAGUAAAAUUCUUUGAAAAUCGAGCAAAUGGACAAUCCAAGGGUUUCUGUGUUAUAUCUCUUGGCUCAGAACAAAGUAUGAGGAUAUGUAUGGAAAGACUGCCUAAAAAAGAAUUGCAUGGCCAGAAUCCAGUAGUAACGUUCCCUACUAAACAAGCUUUGAAUCAAUUUGAGUCUCAGUGUAAAACACGUCCAGCUCCAGCUCCUCAGCAGAGCCAAAGUCAACGCCCCCAUAAUCCACACCAACAUCAACCACCAAUGCCACCUCAUCAGCAACAUCCACAACAUCCCCAACAUCCUCAACAUUCGCAACAAAAUCAUGGUCCCCGGAUGAUGAUGGGCCCUCCGCAGGGCGUGAGACCUCAGAGAAUGCCGCCCCCAGGUAUGGGUCCACCGGGUCCAGGUGGACCUGGCCAACAAGGUCCACCGCGUAUGCACGGUCCACCGAUGGGUCCUGGACCAGGACCGCAUCAUCCUUUACCUGGACAUCCUAAUCAAGGUCCACCGCCUCCUGGAUAUCAACAAGGACCAUGGAAUGGUCCGAGACCUAAUGGUCCGCCUGGGCCACCGAGAGGUCCAAGUGGUCCUGGUGGUCCUCCACAGCAAGGACCACCUGGACCAGGUCCUGGUCAACAUCGACCACCUGGAAUGCAAUUCCAUGGUGGUCCACCUGGUCCACCUGGUCAAGGACCACCGCGUGGCCCACCUGGACAUCCUGGUGGACCUCCGGGCGAUCCAAGGGGUGCUCAACCACGCCCUGAAUGGAACAGGCCACCAGGAAUGCAUCACGGGCCUCAGGGACCACCAGGUUUCCCUCAACAUCAACAUAUGCAAGGCCCACAACCUGGUCAAGGCCCACCACAGAGAGGACCUCCUCCAGGUUCUAUGGGUGGUCCAGGGGGACCCCCACCUGGACACGGAGGACCGCCUCAGGGACCACCACAAGGACCGCCAGGAGGACCAGCGCCACACGUGAAUCCAGCAUUCUUUCCUCAAGGCCCACCACACCAACAUCCAGGACAACAUCCACCAGGUCCUCCUGGUCCACCUCAUGGACCACCACAUGGUCCACCUCAUGGACCACCUCAUGGUCCACCUCAUGGACCUCCACACGGUCAACCUCAUGGCCCGCCUCAUGUACCGCCACAUGGGUACGGACCACCUGCAACACAGCCACCAUAUGGCGCACCAGGACCUGAUCAUCGUCCGGAAGGACCACCUCCGCUGACGGAACAAGAAUUUGAGGAAAUAAUGAGUCGAAAUAGAACAGUUUCUUCCUCUGCGAUUGCUCGAGCAGUUUCAGAUGCCGCAGCAGGAGAAUACGCGAGCGCCAUAGAGACCUUGGUCACGGCCAUUUCUUUGAUAAAGCAAUCGAAAGUCGCUGCAGAUGACAGAUGCAAAAUUUUAAUCAGUUCUCUUCAAGACACUUUACGCGGCGUUGAAACCAAGAGUUACGGUUCUGCACGAAGAGAACGUUCGCGUUCACGCGACAGAGAACGUAGUCACAGAAGGAGACGCGAGCGAUCGAGGAGUCGCGACAGGGAAUACAGAGAAAGAAGCAGGGACAGGGACAGAGAACGCGACAGAGAACGUGAUCGCGAGAGGGAAAGGGAUCGUGAUCGUGACAGAGAACGUUAUUACAGUGAACCAUAUCCACGCGAGAGAUCACGAAGCAGAGAGAGGGAUCGCGAACGUGAAAGAGAUCGCGAAUAUAGAGAGCGGAGCAGAGAAGAAAGUACAACACGUCAGUCAGCCAGGCCUCGAGUAAAAGAAGAACCGCCAGAGACGCCUCCCGUCUCGUCUUCCAAGGCGUCUAGGUAUUAUGACGAUCGCUACAGAGAGCGUGAACGAGAGAGAGAUCGAGAACGAGAAUCAAGCCGGAGACCAUCGGAGAGAGAACGAGAACCGGAACGCGAACGGGAACGAGAACGAGAAAGAGAUCGUCGCGACGAACGUGGAGACUCAUCGCAUCGUUCGAGACAUUAAAGACUAGUAUACAGCGCAAAAUGGAUUUUCAAAGAAAGAAGAACUGCUGCAAAGACACGGUAGUAAAACCCCAGUGUCUCGCAGGAUCUCAUCAUUGAUUUUCGUGCAAGCUUGUUGUUUCGUGGAAAAUUUCUAACGAAACGGAUCUAUGAAGACACACGUUUAUACUGUUCACCUAACUCUAAAAGUAUCUUACCACUUUCCUGGUCAACUGAUGAUUAGUUCCAAAUCGAUUUAAUACAAUGAAAAUGCUUUUACUAUUAAAUUUUUGAGAAAAUGAGUUCAUUAAACAAAUUUGGAUAAGCAUUUUUGAUAAGAAAGAUCUAUAUCUGUCUACAAGUUCAAGUAUUGUAUUCGUAUAUACCAUCUUUUAAUUUAUUUCUUAUAGUUGAUUGCAUGGAAAUCAUAUAUUAUGUUAAAACAUCUAUUUUUGGAUGCGCGACUGUGUUUAUCAGUAUGUAAAGCAUCUAAAAAUAAAGGUUUGGCCGGGAAAGUGUAAAGCCAGUUUCGGAUGUAUUUCGAGCCUAUAAACUUACCCGCGAGUUUUAUCAAGUUACCAUAACGGGUUCUUAUGGGAUUCAUAUACAUAUAUACGUAUAUAUAUAUCGGGGCGCUGUAGAGUUUACGUAUAUAUUUGUUUUAAAGUCACCAUUUUUUUCUCUCUUUUUAUGCAGCGUACACUAUAUAUAUAUCACACUGAUAAUGCGAAAGAAACGCGUACACACAUGCAUACAUAUAUCUCUAUGUAACGUUUAAGGAGAGUAUACGUUUAGUUUCGAGGGAAAGAGAGAUACGCGGUGUGUUGUCGAUGAUAAUACACAAAUAUGUGCGACACAAGACCGCUACGAGAGUUGUUAAACGAGGUCGUGUUCAGUUGCGGUUUACAGACAAGCUGAAGAACGCGGAGAACGGUCCUGCUGCUGCUGGCCUCCGCUCCUGGAAGAACGAAGACGGCACCCCUCUGUUGUGGACUCAUCGAAUCUUCUGAAGCUCCGUGACGAUGCAAGAUUGUAUCUUAAUAUAAUACAUAUAUACGCUUUAAAAAAAAAAAGAAAAAUAUACGUGAUAAACGUGUCUUUACUUUAUUCAUCAGUACACACAAUCUCCUGAAAAUGUUAUUUUUGUUUUCUUGUGCUAUACAUACCCAAGAUUACUCGAAAGGUGGAACCGAUUAAAAAAGAACACGAGAAAAACCGCACUUUCGGUCCCCGCGAAUUAAUUUUUUGUAUUUUGGUGUUCGCAACAGCGUUAGGGGUCGAAAGUGCAGUCCUGGGUGAAAUAUUUUAACAACGAUUACGGUUCGUUCCAAAAGCUGAUAUCACCCACGAAAUCCUAUAGUAGAAGUGAAACGUUCGCUUUGAUAAAUAUUUGAAGUUUUCGCACAUGGUACGACUAUUUUAUAACUGAUUUCGCAGAAAUACCUGUGUACGUCGAGAUCAAGGGAAAAUGGAAAAAUGUAGUAAUUUUGUGUGUUUGCAU